CGAGAGGAGGCGGUGUUCGCACGCUUCGCCACACCCUCGUCCCCCCACCCCAGCCCCACCCCCCCCGCGGGGCGCGUGCCGCAGCCGCCCCCAACGGUAACGGCGACCCUCAGCAGCUGCGCCGGGGGCGCUUCUUCCCCUAAUCAAGGACCGCGCUGGCGUCGAGGAGCGUCACGGAGUUUGCACUUCCUCUGGAAGGAUGGAUACACUGAAGAACUGGACAGUGGAGAAGCUUCAGGAGCUACAAGACAAUGCUGAAGAGAUCGAGCACCUGGCUUUGGAGUCUAGGGAGGUUCAGGAGCUGCAGCUGGAAAGGGAGAUGGCUCUUGCUGCUAAUCGGAGCUUGGCUGAGCAGAACUUGAAGUUCAAAUCACCACUGGAAUCUGGGCGUACUGACCUCUCCAACAAAUAUGAGGAGCUGCAGAAGCUAGCUGAGCGGUGUAAAGAGCAAAAGGCAAAACUUGAGAAAUUCUCAGCAACAUUGCAUCCUCAGACCUUGCUGGAUCUUCUGCAGGUGGAAAGUCAAAAAAUCGAAGAAGAGUCUGAGAAUAUGGCUGAGAAGUUCCUGGAGGGUGAGGUACCCCUGGAGACGUUUCUUGAGCAGUUUUUCGUUAUGAGGAAAUUGUCCCACUUGCGCCGGGUUAGAGUUGAAAAGCUUCAGGAGAUACUGAAGAAGUCAGAAGUGUCUCAGGAGCCCAGCAGAGACUCUCAGCAGCAUCUACCUACUCAUGUACCUGGGCCUGCAGAGCAGCAGAAGCCACAGUCCUUCUCAUCUGCGGCACCUUCCUUCCCUUUGCCCUACAGUCCAGCUCCAGGCAUGCCGGUUGGCCCCACAGCCCAUGGAGCUCUCUCUCCUGCUCAUUUCUCUGGAGCCCCAGUCACUGUGGGACACGUUACUUGCUCUCAGCCCAGCAUCCAGCCCACCUUUCCCUAUAAACCUCCUCCAGACCCUGGAUACCUGCCAGCACAGGCUGGUGAGCUGACAUCAGGGUAUCCGAAGCCUCCAACCGGAGGCUCAUCUUCAGCGCCAUCUUGGUCUCCGUCCAGAGGCCCGCCUCCUAACCCAUCCUUUCCUGGCUCACACCCCUCCUCUACUCAACCCCCAAGACCAGGGUACCUUCCGUACUUCCCUGCUGGAGCAGGGAGACCUCAAUGCCCAUACCCAACCCAGCCCUCCCUCCCUAGUUUCCCAAUUCCCCCGCAGCUUCCCUAUCCCUCCGGUCCAUCCCCUCCCUUUGUGUACCCCCCACCUCCAAACCCUCAGCACCCUACUUGGCCUGGCUACUAAAUUGGGACUCUUGGGGAGUGUUAUCUGCUGCUCCUUCCCCUUCAUGGACUGAGGAAGAAGAAAGAAUUGAGAGCAUUGCUCUUAGGCCCAUCCAUGUAUUAGCAUUAUAUAGGAAAAGAGGCAUGGCUCUGAUGUGAGACAAACAGCAGAGGCACCAAGGGUCAAUGAGUCUGAUGCUGUCUCCCUGGGCUACACCUUUUUAGGCUAGUUGUGAUGAUUACAUUUUGGCUGAAGUGUCCACUUACAAAUCAGUUAGUCCAGAUUCUGAGAUAAGAUACAAGUAGUCAGCUAGAUUCUCAACUGAGAUACAUGGGGAAUGACAUGCACUGAUCACAUCAGCUGAGAACCUGAUUCCUCUGUGUGUGUGCACAUGAAUGAGCAGGAGACACUUUGUAUGUGUGUAGUUUUCUCUCUCCCUAACAUAUGCUGUAUAAUAAUUCUAAGCUUUUUCACAGGUGUUCAAAAGACACAGUGGGAAUCUUCUGACAGUAUUUCUAAUACUAAAUACUCAUUACUUCUCUAAGACCUUCCUGGAAAUGAGAAACAGAGCCAGCCAGACUGGCAAUCGAAUAGUAAUUUGUUUUGGUAGGGAGAAGCAGCUAGCUAGCCUGCUGGAAUGGGCCAGGCCAUGAGAUAUGUCUGGCUUGUUUAUGCUGGUGCAAAAUAACUCCUAAACCAGUUCUAGCUGAGCUGUUCCCAGACGUCUGAGGUCAGGGUAGUUCUCAACUUCACUGAGAUCAGGUAAAUUCCUGCUUGCCAGUGAACCUCUUCUACCACUCCCUCUUGUCCAGCAUAGGAGCUGUUCCCUGCCUGUGCUGGUUGUGCACUAUCUCACAGAGGCACCAAGGCUCUGGUAACUCCCUGGAGCUCAACGCCUGGGUAUUGUGUAUAUGAAGUAAGCUGGGUUGUUACUUUGGGCGUAAGGAGGCAUGUGUCUCAGAUCAUGGGAAAUGGGAAGAAUGGGGAUCAGUACCUGCCAUCCAGUUCUUCAUGACUGUCCUCCAGUAAAGUUCUCUGAAACAUGGGGCCUCCAGAGCCUACCACAUCCUCUACCUCUCUCCUCUAGUGCCCUGGAGGAAAGGGGGCAGUGUUCUGGAUGUUAAGGGCUUCAGUGUUCCUUGUGUCUCCCUUCGCUGCUCAGGAAACACUAGAUAGCAGAGUGAGUGACAAGUUUUUAGUGGAAAUGGGAUUAGCUUUGCUCAGCACUUUAUCCUAUAAAUUCUGCUUGUGUUCCCCUAAGUUAUUUAUAAGGAAAGAUUACUAAUGGACUAGAUCAAGAUGAAUGCCUUUGGGAUCUAAUGGAAAUAAUUCCAUAACUGUGGUUAAUUACAAUAAUAAAAUUUGAUGAAUUGCAUGCAGGGUUGUGGCAGUGAUUGUUUUGGGAAAUGACAUGGCAUCCGAUUGAUAUUUUCUAUUGAUUUUUUUUUGUACCCUGUUGGUAUCGUUACACCAACUUCCUCUUGAUGUUGUCAAUAAAAUUUUACACCCUUUUGCAAGACCA